CAAUUGUUUCUCCCGUAGAAAGUAAAGUGAAUCCAACCGGGCUGUCCACAGGAGUGUCCAUGGGAAGCAAACCAGCAGUUCCAUUAACUUCUCCGUCAAACACUUUGGUUAUGUUGGACCUUGCUAACUCUCUGCAGGCAGCUAUGGAAGGUGGCGGGGAGAUUGAAUUGAAUAAGCUCGAUGAGAAGUUGAUCCAGUUACUGGCUUGGCAGAGAAUUCAGCAACUGUUUCCCCCCAAAGCGCCCUCUCUACCGUCUGCACUCAGCACCUCAAAAACCCAAACGACUGCUGCUACAACGCAGCCUGAAGCUCCGGUGACCGAGGUUCAAGCACGGGCAGUGUUUUAUCCCCUUACGGGAAAAGGCCAAGCUGUUAAUAUGUGCUACAGGACACUUUACAUAGGAACAGGUGCUGACAUGGAUGUGUGCCUUACAAAUUAUGGUCAUUGCAAUUAUGUUUCAGGCAAACACGCUUGCAUAUUCUACGAUGAGAACACAAAACACUAUGAAUUGCUAAACUACAGUGAACAUGGGACAACCGUCGACAAUGUUCUCUAUUCCUGCGACUUCUCAGAGAAGGUCUCUCCCACUCCAACGAGCAGUAUUGUUGCCAAAGUUCAAAGUGUAAUAAGUAAGUACCGUUCUGCCUUCAAAGCCUAA